AUGGCUAAUAUAAUUUAUACAAGAGUCAAAGAAAAGAAGUUUGAAGAUAUUUCGACAAUCACAGAGUUUCCAAAAGUAUUUCUGGAUGAGUUACCUGGGUUACCUCUAGAUAAGGAGGUUGAAUUCCAGAUUGAAGAGGAGCAUGAUGUUCAUCUGCGUGUGGUUCUUCAAACGUUGAAAGACAAGAAACUUUAUGCAAAAUUAUCAAAGUAUGAGUUUUUGUUAUCUGAAGUGGCAUUUUUGGGACGUGUGGUUUCUGCCGUGGGUACUCGGGUAGAUCCUCAAAAAGUUAAAGAUGUAUUAGAAUGGGAGAUUCCGAAAAAUGUGUCAGAAGUUCUAAGUUUCUUGGGUCUCGCAGGUUAUUAUCGAAGGUUUACCAAAAACUUUUCAAUGAUAUCUCUGCCUUUAACCAAAUUGUUAAGAAAUGAUGUGCAUUUUGAAUGGACUUCUGUUGUCAGAAGAGCUUUGAAGCGUUAA